AUGAUUGCUAAAUGGUUAACUGCUCUGGUAAUCGUUGCUGCUAUUUUUGCUCUGAGUAUUCAUCAAGUGCCUGAAGGGCAUGUUGGUAUAUAUUACAGAGGAGGUGCCCUCCUCACAUCAAUGACUUCACCUGGCUUUCACGUUAUGAUACCAUUUUUGACCUCGUGUAAAAUUGUUCAAACAACGUUAGAAACAGACCAGGUGAAAAACAUUCCUUGUGGUACAAGCGGUGGCACUAUGAUUUAUUUCGAUAAAAUCGAAGUUGUUAAUAUAUUAGGUCGUGAUGCUGUUCUUGAUAUUGUGCGAAACUAUACUGUUAAUUACGAUCGAACAUUAAUAUUCGAUAAAAUUCAUCAUGAAGUUAAUCAAUUUUGUUCGGUACAUACACUUCAGGAAGUUUAUAUUGAUUUAUUUUCAAGUAUUGAUGAUCAUUUAAAAAGAACAUUACAAAAUGAUUUAAAUAUACUAGCGCCUGGUCUUUAUGUUACUUCAAUUCGAGUAACAAAACCAAAAAUUCCUGAAGCUAUUCGUCGUAAUUAUGAAACUAUGGAACAAGAAAAAACUCAAUAUAUGAUAACAACUGCUCAUCAAAAAGUAGUCGAAAAAGAAGCUGAAACUGAUCGUCGUCGUGCUGUAAUUGAAGCUGAAAAAUUAGCACAAGUAGCUCAAAUUCAAUAUGAACAAAAAAUUCUAGGCAAAGAAAGUGAAAAACGUAUUGCUGAAAUUGAAGCUGAAAUGCAUUUAGCUCGAGAACGUUCAAUGGCUGAUGCAAAUAAAUAUAAGAGUGAUACAGAAGCAGAGUCAAAUAAAAUGAAAUUAACACCCGAAUUUCUUCAAUGGUCAAAGUAUCAAGCAUUAUCACAAAAUACAAAGGUUUAUUUUGGAGAUUCGAUUCCAAAUAUAUUUAACAAUAAUGACGGAAUACUCAAUCUAAAAAAGUAG